GUGUUGUUGGAGUUGCCAGAUACUGCCCGCAACUGCAUUCUACAGACUGUGAGCUUCUAUGGUUGGGAAAGCUCCUUGGGUGCCAAGUUCUUGGGCCGCCUUCGCAGUGGAGAUCUGACUCUGCAAAUGGAGCUGUCAUCGGCCUGUGCAGCGCGGGAUGAGAGUAUCCUGGAGAUUCUGAAUGAACUCACACCUGGAAAAGUGGUUGCAGAUGGGAAGGCGGAAGCUGCCCUCCACAAAUCCGCAGCUGAGCUAGAUAGUGCUGGCUACCAGCUGCUCAUGGAGGAAAUUGCCUAUGAUGAGCGUUGUUUGCAGGUGUUCCAGGGCAAGGUGUCCAACUUUGAGAUCCGGGUUACCCAGUUGAAGGAUUCAUGGCGACAAAAGCGAUUCGAGCAUGCAAUGGGUGCAACUCAGAAAUGGUUGGAUUCCAAUGUCGAGUCCUUUGCAUGGCCAUCAAAGUUUGAUUCUGGGUCUGCUUUGACAAUGAUGAAGCGUCUUGAGGAUGCCCUGCUCUUCAUUUGCAACUAUGCAGCCCCAAGCCUGAUCAAAUCUGAUGUCACCGCAGGAACAUUCAGUAUGAUUGGGCAUAUGCUGGGUUCACAGACCUUUGGUGCUAACAGUUGUGGGCUUAUGCUUUGCCCUGUGUUCUCCUACCAGAAGCACAAGUUGUUUGUUGAGGAUUGGCUCUGGCGCGAUUCAUCUUUGUGCAAAUUGCGCCGGAAUGUUGCUGAGGCCAAGCAGUUGGCAGGGAAACACAUGAUUCAAGUGGAAGACAUGUCCCCCACUGCACUCCCUGCUACAACAGACAAUCCUAUCCAGGGGGCCCAUAAGUAUGCCCAAGUGGGGCCUGAUGCAGCCAGAAAACUUCUUCAGUCUGCAGUCGAAGGUGUUGCCUUUGGGAACCAGCUUGCACUAAUGCUGGUGGACUGCACGCCCUUGGUGGGGAACUUCUUUGAGGGGUUUAUCGAUCUUGCCAAUGACCUCAAUGUUCCAUUGAAGUAUGCUCCCAUCUUUGCUGAUGAUUCUGCUGAAGAGUGGUUCUUCAGUUAUUUUCAGCAGGAGCUUGUUCGCCGCUUCCAGUUAAAUGACUUCAAGAUCCGCAAUGUUGACAGGUUGGCUGAAGAACCGCCGCCAGCCCACAUGGAGUCCAAGCCGGAACCACCGCUGCUCAAGCGCUGUGUUUGGGGCAAGGUGAAUGGUGAGAUCAGCACCAUUGAGAUUCCGGAGGCAGAGGUGAAGAAGUGGUGGGGGAAGGAUGAGUGGAGGGUUUUUUGUGCAGGACUUUCAGGACCGACACCCGACUGUCAAGAAGUUGGAGAAGGCUACCCCCAAAUCUUCUGGCACCACUCCAUCCACCACUCCGGUCCCGAGAAAGCGCAGCCUGGAAGUUGA